AUGGUAACACAAACCGCAAAGUAUAAGGCUGAGCUUAUUCUUGCACAGUUGACGUUGGAAAGGCUUGUCCAGGUUGAUGAAACUCAUACCAAACAAUAUUUCGAGGUCCAGUGGAAUCGGCAGCAGGAGAUGCAACUGAGAGCCAUCAGUGUGAGAGUUAAAGAGAAACGCGAAAGACUUAAGGUGAUGUUACAGUUAGAGGAGAAUAUGAUUGAGGCUCGUCAGAAGAUGGCGGAGCUUGAUGCCAUCCACGCUCCAAUCAGGACGCAACAACAACGUGAUGACCUGCUGAAUCUGCCGACAUCUCUGGCGAAUUUGGAGAUCAAGAUUCAAGACCUUGCAGAAGAAUUGGGGAACACUCAGCUUGUGAAUGCCCGUCGGGGUGAUGGUUUGUAUGCUUUGUUUAUAUGUACUUUGGACUCUGGCAUUGAUAUUGUUUGUUAUGGCUGUUUAGAUGCACAAAUUAAGGCAGUUCUCGCUGUGCAGGUGGCCUUAGCGAUGUUGUAUGAAGCGAAGUUUGGUGUAUUACAGCAAGAAGCUGAUGCUGAGAUGAGGACUGGGGCAAAGCAGCAGCCUCGUAAUGCUGAGCUCCGGGCCAAGAAACAAGGACUUUUAAGGAAAAAGACUGCGACCUAUCUACGACAUGCAGCUAAGUAUAACAAUCGAUUCCAACCAGCUCAGAGACUACUCGAACCCACAUUCGAGGAGGUGAGACAGCUUAUGCUGUGGGGGCUUGACUAUCAAGCCCGAGUUAUUGGAGCAAAGCCAAACGCUGCUGAAAGUAACAAUCGUCUUGUCGAAUGGGAGUCUCUGUACAGCGGACUGGCAAAACGCACCUGUUGGCUCUGGAAGCGAUGGGAUCACCAUGGGGUGGUGGAAGUAUUGCAUUCAACCUCUCAAUUCGUGGAGGGUAGUGAUGAGCUGGAUGUCAAUUUAAGACAGCAGUGGGCUGAUAUGGUAGUUCAUACAAGGGCCCAGUGGGAAGUCAUACUUGGGGCGGGUAUUUAUGUUGUAGAGGAGGAAAACAACGUGGAGGAUUUUGAUGAGGAGGAUUUUGAUGAGUAUUAUUGA